AUGGACAACGAGUAUUAUUCCUUAGACGCAAUCUUGGCUGAGAAUCAGGCAUGCUUUUCGUACUAUUAUAAUUCAGAUGAACUGAAUUUCAUUGAGAAAAUCGAAUGCACGUUCAAUAUUGAAGUUCCAGGCUUGGGCUAUCUAGAUAAUGCAGCAGAUGAGCAUGUCAAAGCACUUCACCGAGACGACCAGUUACCCUAUUGGCUGGCCCCAACGAUGCUCUACACAGGUUGGGCUGGUUUCAAUAUGCCGCGUCCUUACAAUGGACUGGUGCAAAACGCGGUUGUGGCGGAGCCGCGAAGCGUAAAGAUAGGAGCGCUGGUUGGGGAAAACGGGCGGUGGUACGCGUUUGGGAAGAUGGUUGUAGAUCUGUUGAGUGACCCACAGGCAAAGGAACUGGCAGACAUCUUAAGACAGACGUUCAAAGGCCGUCUCCCGGACCUCAUGGACCAAGCCCAACAUUUCACAGGCACGGCGUCUGCGGCCGCACGGACGAGCGGUGACGAUGCAGGGGCAGAGUUUCGAUCGGGACUAGAUGCGACGGAACGAGAACGUGAGAAUGUCGAUCCAUAUGGUCAUCUUGAGGGAACUGACGGUUGCCAUCUUCGCUGCUCAGUGUUUGUCAUGGCACAGGAGAGCGCACGCCAAGUCAAAGCGUGGUAUGAAUCCUCGGACAAGUCUCGAUGA